ACUCGCUGGCGGUGGGCGCGCCGGGUUGGGCUGCAGAUCUCGCCGUCCUCUCUCGGGUCCGCUCCACCGGCUCCUCUUGUGGAUAACUUGCUGCUUGCCGACCGCACCAUGACUCUGGAAGAAGUUCGCGGCCAGGAUACAGUUCCGGAAAGCACGGCCAGGAUGCAGGGCGCCGGGAAAGCGCUGCACGAGCUGCUGCUAUCGGCGCUGCGCCAGGGCUGCCUCACCGCCGGCGUCUACGAGUCCGCCAAAGUCCUGAACGUGGACCCCGACAACGUGACCUUUUGCGUCCUGGCCGCCGACGAGGAGGACGAAGGCGACAUCGCGCUGCAGAUCCACUUCACGCUGAUCCAGGCGUUCUGCUGCGAGAACCACAUCGACAUCGUGCGCGUGGGCGACGUGCAGCGGCUGGCGGCGAUCGUGGGCGCCGGCGACGAGGCGGGCGCGCCGGGAGAUCUGCACUGCAUCCUCAUCUCGAACCCCAAUGAGGACGCGUGGAAGGACCCUGCCUUGGAGAAGCUCAGCUUGUUCUGCGAGGAGAGCCGCAGCGUCAACGACUGGGUGCCCAGUAUCACUCUCCCCGAGUGACAGCCCUGCGGGGGUCUUUGGUCUGAUCGACGUGGUGACGCCCCGGGGCGCCUAGCGCGCGGCUGGCUCUGUGGAUGCGCCCUCGGAGGGCGCGGGAGUGCGGAGUUGGAGACUGGCAGGCGGGGCGCGCGUGGAGAGCGGCGAGGAGGUGCGGCUCCCUCCCGAGGAGGGGGCCUGGCGGCGGCAGGGGCAGGCUGGCCCCGAGCCGAGGACUCUACAAGUGUGGGGAGCUGCUGCUCGCCCAGGAGGGCCGGAGGCGGGACGUUGGCCGCGGGGCCGGGAAGGACGGACUGGCCCGGCAGGCGUGACUCAGCAGCCUGCGUGCGCUCUCAGCGGGAAGGAAGGGAAAGGCGAGUCAAGCGGCCUGGACUUGCACGGUUACCGGAGCUCUGGCGGACUGAGCGGUCUGCACUGCUGUCUCUAAACGGAUCCGGGCGAGGCGAUGCUUCAUUUCUAAAGGAUUAUGCUGCGGCAGCACUGAAAUUUACAAUAAACUUACUGAAACAAA